AUGCCAGGGCAUUUGGGCCAGAAAAUCCUCAAGACGUUCGGUCUGGACGACCACGGCCACCACGACCAGUAUAACCCCCCCAGUCACGGUGUCCAAUUACAAGGAAAUCGACUCAUCAAUAACGACGAGCGUAUCCUCUCCUCCCAAUCCUCCGGUACAUAUCCUCGUCUCGCGCGCCUCUCCGACGGCUCCAUCCUCUCUGCCUUCACCCGUUUCGAGGGACCGACCCGCGUUCUGACGGUCGCAAAGAGUACCGAUGGAGGUUACACAUUCCAAGACUGUGGCGAGGUGACACGCAGCCAGGGCGACUGCGACAAUCUUUUCAUCCUCGAGGUCGCCCCAUCGGUCAUCCUCGGCGCCUUCCGCAACCACGAUCUCGGUCCCAACGGGCCCACACACUUCCGCAUCACGGUUUGCCGGUCCAUGGACGGCGGGCAUACAUGGCAGUACGCCGCGCAGGCGGUCGAAAAGUCUCCCCCAAACGGCAUCUGGGAGCCCUUCAUGCGGAUCGGCCGCCAGGGUGAGGUGCAGCUGUACUACUCGCAGGAGUACGCCCACGACAACCAGUGCACGAUGCUGGUGCGGUCUUUUGAUCAAGGCUCGAGCUGGUCGCAGCCGGAGUGUCUGGAGGGGAUCAACGACCGCAUCCGCGAUGGGAUGAUCGGGAUUGCGCCGACGGUCGACAACGGCCGCGAGGCCCUGGUCAUGGUCUUCGAGACGACGCGGUACGGCACGUUCAACCUGGAGGCGCUGAUCUCGUACGAUGACGGUCGGAGCUGGGGAUACCGGCAUGAGGUGUAUGUGCCCCCGCGGGGGCAUAAUGCAGGUGCGCCGCAGAUUGCGUCUUUUGCGGAUGGCUCGCUGGCGGCCAUCUUCAUGACGGAUGAGGACGAGCGGCACGUCCAGUGGACCGAGAAUGCGUGUAUUAAGAUGGUCUUUGCGGGCCCGCCGCAGGAGGGGCGGAUCUACUGGACGCGCCCGACGGUGAUCUGUCCUCAUUCAAGCCACUGGCCGGGUGUGUUGGCCUUGGACCACCAUACGCUACUAGCAGUGUAUGAGUGCGGAGGACCAAAGGGGCGGACUGUCACCUUACAGUAA